ACAGAGAGCCGAGAGACGCGCACAAGGCGAGGCAGCGACUGUACACCACCGGAGGCAACAUGGUAGCUCAACAGAAGAACCUUGAAGGAUAUGUGGGGUUUGCCAAUCUCCCAAACCAAGUGUACAGGAAAUCCGUGAAGAGGGGAUUUGAAUUCACACUUAUGGUAGUAGGUGAAUCUGGUCUGGGAAAGUCCACACUCAUCAAUUCACUGUUUUUAACAGACCUGUACUCCCCGGAUUACCCUGGUCCUUCACACAGAAUUAAAAAAACUGUUCAGGUUGAACAGUCAAAGGUUCUAAUCAAAGAAGGGGGAGUCCAGCUACUUCUUACAAUAGUAGACACACCUGGAUUUGGAGAUGCAGUGGAUAAUAGCAACUGUUGGCAACCGGUUAUUGACUAUAUUGACAGUAAAUUUGAAGACUACCUUAAUGCAGAAUCCCGCGUGAACAGACGCCAGAUGCCAGAUAAUCGCGUGCAGUGCUGCUUAUAUUUCAUCGCACCAUCGGGCCAUGGACUGAAGCCUUUGGACAUCGAGUUCAUGAAGCGUUUGCACGAGAAAGUCAACAUAAUUCCACUCAUUGCCAAAGCUGAUACUCUUACUCCAGAAGAAUGCCAGCAGUUUAAAAAGCAGAUAAUGAAAGAAAUCCAAGAACACAAAAUCAAGAUCUAUGAAUUCCCAGAGACAGAUGAUGAAGAAGAAAAUAAGCUGGUGAAAAAAAUAAAGGACCGUUUACCUCUUGCUGUGGUGGGUAGCAACACGAUUAUAGAAGUCAAUGGCAAGAGACUAAGAGGAAGACAGUAUCCAUGGGGGGUUGCAGAAGUGGAAAACAGCGAACAUUGUGACUUCACUAUACUGCGAAACAGGUUGAUAAGAACUCACAUGCAGGACCUGAAGGAUGUAACCAAUAACGUACAUUAUGAGAACUACAGGAGCCGAAAACUGGCAGCUGUCACUUAUAAUGGAGUUGAUAACAACAAAAACAAAGGACAGCUAACAAAAUUUGACACAGUUGAAGGCAUGAGUCCUCUGGCUCAAAUGGAAGAGGAAAGAAGGGAACACGUGGCCAAAAUGAAGAAAAUGGAAAUGGAAAUGGAGCAAGUGUUUGAAAUGAAGGUUAAAGAAAAAGUGCAGAAGCUUAAGGACUCCGAAGCAGAGCUUCAGCGGCACCACGAGCAAAUGAAAAAGAACCUGGAGGCUCAACACAAAGAGUUGGAGGAGAAACGGCGUCAGUUUGAGGAGGAGAAAGUAAACUGGGAAACUCAACAGCGCAUACUGGAACAGCAGAAUUCUUCCAGAACUUUGGAGAAAAACAAGAAGAAAGGGAAGAUAUUUUAGAAUCAUUCUUAGACCCCGUACUCUAUCAGUUGCCAAUUUGCCAGCCCAGACAUCAGUGUUCGUUGGAAACAUUCAGCCACUUUUCAAAACCAGUUGCAUCCAUAAUUGUUGGAUUAAGCGGCAUGACAUUUUUUUUUUUCUUUACCCUUUUUUUUAAUUCUUAUUGUUGACGGAAAUUAAGAUGCCUUGAAUUGUUUGAGGUUUUGCAUAUUUGGAGAACUAUACGCUGCAAGUAACUUGCUCCCUUUUUCCCCCACUUUCUCUUUUUAACCGAUGCCUUCGUUUUAAAAGCAAGACAAAGCAUUUUACUGUUGUAUAACCAUGGUCUGGUGGCUGGUAGCAGGAUAAUCUACAACACAAGGACUCUGGCUUACAAAUGAAGAUAAAAACACCAUACUUUUGUUGCAUCUUCUAAUUCUCUCACACGUAUAACAAGACUUCCAUACAUACGGUUUAUUGUAAUUUACAUUUUCUUCCCCUAAUUUUGACAAUUCCAUUGUUUAAAACUACACAUGGGAAUAUAGGCUUACAGUGCACAGAAAGCUUUUUUUUUUUUUUUUUUUGUUACGUUUUUUGUUUUUUU